AUGAAGACGAAGGGUGCUGAUAUCGAUCUGUUUCCUGUCUCUCAGUGUUCGUACGUCCCUCCCUGUGAGAGGGACAACCAGAAGAACAAAGACACCGUUUUGUGGUGGGAGAAUUACUUCACCAAAGAGGUCAGCAGUCAGUCCUUCACCUGCUUCUUCAACCAGCAGAGGAGGCCUGACGACGUGUUGUGGCGCCGGUCCCACGACACCACCGUCCUGCUGCACUGUGUCCUCUGGCCGAUGGUGUCGCUCCUACUGGGCACGCUCAUUGUGCUCCUGACGGUGUGCGCACGCUCCCUGGCCGUUCGAGCCGAGGCUCUCCAGAAGAGGAAAUGCUCCUACGAAGUGUGCCAAGACCUUUCAGCCGGGCCCUCGGAUCGGCGUGGCAACAAGGUCGAAGACCCCCUCGCAACAAACUCUGACCCUGAGAUGUCGUCGCCGACAAGGACCCUGCCGCUGUUUGCGGUGCCGGUGCGACGCCGUGAUCGAGAACAUUAA